AUGGCUGUCUCAAACUUCAAGGUCAUCGUCGUUGGGGGUGGUCCGGUUGGUUUGGUGGCAGCUCAUGUUCUCUACAAGGCUGGUAUCGACUUUGUUGUCUUGGAGCGUCGCCAGAAUGUCGUCCUCGAUCUUGGGGCGGCCCUGGUUCUUGCACCGCAUAACAUGAGGGUGAUGCAUCAGCUUGGUCUAUACGAUAAACUUAUGGAAAUCGGAGAAGAGUUGCUCAACACGAAGGGCUUUCUUUUGAAUGGGUAUCAGUUCAAAACGGGUACAGAGCUCCAGCUUCUGAAGCAAAAGUGUGUCAUUCAGAUGUCUAUCUCGGUGAACCUCGCUAACUUUCGCAGUCAUGGUGUUGGGCUGGUCGCAUUUCACCGUGCCCAACUCGUCCAAGUUCUUUACAACAAUCUGCCAGAGGAAGCCAAGUCAAAGUAUUUGCUCAACAAGAAGAUCAUCGCCAUCGACUCAAGCGGUGAGGGUGUGCGCGUAAUUUCCGACGAUGGCAGCAUCUACGAGGGCUCCAUUGUCCUGGGCGCCGACGGCGUGCACAGCAUCACUCGCAAUUGGAUGAGAGAUAUUGCUCUUUCUGAAAAGCCCUAUCGUGACUGGGAUCCAAAGGAGCCGUUCACAUCCGUGUACAAGUGUCUGUGGGCCAGCUUCCCGCGUCCUUCCGAGCCGGGAGCCAACUUUGAGACAACAAGCAAGGACCAAUCGGCAAUGUACCUCACUGGCCGCGAAAGGGGCUGGAUUCUACUGUAUGACAAGUCUGAGCCGACAACUGCCCUACGAUCAUAUUCAGAGAAGGAAGUUGAGGAGGUAGCGGCCAAGCUAGCCGAGUUCCCAGUCACCGAGACCCUCAAAGUCAAGGACGUUGUCAAAGAGCGGUUCACAUGGGGCAUGUCGGAUCUCGGCGAGGGCAUCCUGAAACACUGGAGCUACCGACGCAUCGUCCUCGCGGGAGACGCCUGUCACAAGUUUACGCCCAACGCCGGCUUGGGCCUCAACAACGGGAUCCAGGAUGUUGUCGUGUUGUGCAAUGGGCUGCACCAAGCCGUUGCAGACGGGAAGACCGACACCGCCACUCUUGCAAAGGUGUUUGAACAGUAUCAGAGCGACAGAGCGGAGGCGGUGGAAAAGGACUACAAACAGUCGGCGUUGGUUACAAGGCUGCAGACUUGGGCGAGUGGGCUAUACUAUUUCCUCAGUCGGUUUGUUCUGUCAAACAACUUUGUUGCCAGGUUUGUGGCGCGGUUUGUCACGUCGCCUCACAUCAGGAAAGCAAGAGUUUUGGAUUUUGUCAGGGCAACGGAAUUACCACUCGGUAACGUUGGGUGGCAAUAUGCCAUCCCGCAAUGA